CCGACUCGCCCCCUUUUAUUUUCAUUUGCGAAUGGAAAGCCGGAUAUUGAGCAAAGCAAAGUAAGAAUUUUUGCAUAGAUGAGGGGCAUUGAAGAUAUAAUUUUAUCAGGAAAUUCUAUUUAUACACUCUUGAAUCUCAUCAUAGCAUUAUCUUCUUUUAGCUGUUUUUCCUCCAAUAGUGCGAAAUCUCACAAUAGUUCUGCAAUUUUUGAGAGAUUGGGCCUCAAGUGCGCUGCUUGAAAAACAGGAGAAAGACAGGCAGCAGGACGUGGAGAUGGGCACCCGUCGCCGUGGCCGAGGAGAGGACCAUCAAAGCCUCUCCUCGGAGCCUCUGCUGCCCCCUGACAAGAGGGAUUCACCAGAAGAAGAAGCCCGCAGCGAUACUAGCAACAUAGCACUCCUCUUCCUGCUCUACCUUCUUCAGGGCAUUCCACUUGGUCUCACUGCAGCGGUGCCCAUGAUUCUCUUAAACAGAGGUGCCAGCUACAAGCAGCAGGCCGAAUUCAGCUUCGUCUACUGGCCGUUCAGUCUGAAGCUCUUGUGGGCACCGAUUGUGGACUCGUGUUUUGCCGCCCGCUUUGGACGCCGAAAGACGUGGCUUAUUCCAACUCAGUACCUUCUUGGGCUUUUUAUGCUCAUACUUUCUACCUGUGUUGAUUCACUUUUAGGCGAGGGAACUCCCAACGUGCCACUGUUGACUGUUAUAUUUUUCUGUCUCAAUUUUCUAGCCGCUACACAAGACAUUGCAGUUGAUGGAUGGGCACUCACUAUGUUAAAAAGAUCAAACGUAGGCCAUGCUUCAACUUGCAAUAGUGUUGGUCAAACGGCAGGAUACUUUCUGGGCUAUGUCCUGUUCAUGGCACUAGAGUCUGCUGAUUUUUGCAACACUUAUUUAAGAUCAGUGCCUGAACCAGAGGGUAUUUUUACCCUAGCAGGUUUUCUCUAUUUCUGGGGCAUUGUAUUCUUGGUAACAACUACGUUGGUUGGCUUUUUCAAGUCUGAAAAGAAGCGUGACGAUGAAGAGGAACACGAUUUAGGUGUUGGAGAGUCUUAUCAAUUGCUCUGGACCAUUUUAAAACUCCCAAGCAUAAAGACAAUCAUCUGCGUACUUUUGACAUGCAGAGUUGGUUUCGCUGCAUGUGAUGCAGUCACUGGACUUAAGCUGGUCGAGAGAGGGGUUCCGAAGGAAAAAUUAGCUUUGAUAGCUGUACCCCUGGUGCCGUUACAAAUUAUUUUACCCCUGGUGAUAAGCAAAUAUACUGCAGGCCCUCGGCCAAUGGAUGUUUACGUUAAAGCUAUACCCUAUAGGUUGUUCAUGGGCCUCGUAGCAGCAUUGAUGGUGUGGGUCACACCGUACUUUACCUCCGAUGGUUCUCCGCCAUUUAUUUAUUACGUUGGUGUAGUCCUGGUGUAUGCAGUUCACCAGGUAUCAGUUUACAGCAUGUUUGUGGCUGUGAUGGCAUUCUUUGCGCAAGUCAGUGACCCUGCCGUAGGAGGCACUUACAUGACUCUGCUCAACACAGUCGCUAACCUUGGUGGUAAUUGGCCAUCCACCUUGGCACUUUGGGGUGUUGACUCGCUUACUUGGCGUACAUGUGAAGGAGGCACCCUCAACGGUGACAGCUGUGUCGGCAAUGAGCUUAAAAAGCUCUGCACUGACGCUGGUGGUGUUUGCAAUACCGAAGUUGACGGAUACUAUGUGGAAAGCUUUUUCUGUGUUAUUUUAGGCCUACUUUGGCUUACCUGUUGGGGAAAACGAACCAUCCGACGCGUCCAGGGACUUGGUGAUCAAGCAUGGCAAGUCAUACCAAAGAAAACCGCGCAGUCUUAAAUCACAAAAUUGUUUUGCUGGGCAUUUUCUAAUCAUGUACCUCAAAAAUGUAUAACAACUAUGGUGUUCACCUUGGCGCACAAUUUUAAAGUUUUUCUCCUUCAAACGUGAUGUCCCAUAUAUUUUGGAUAAUUGAGUUGAUGUUUUAUUUAUUUACUUAUUUUUUUGGCGCAGAGGAAUACUUGAUUGUGUGCAUUCCUUGCUGUAUAACUGUGACGAACAUAUAUAAUUGAAUUUUUGUACUUGUUGUUCAAUAAAAUGAUUAUUCAAAAAACUUAUGCAAUGAAAUUCAAUAAUCUUCCAUAAUUUUUUUUACCAACAUUAAUGCAAUUCUUUAUUUUGGAGAAAAUGUUACACAGUAACACAAAAAUGUUCUCUUGCAUUGUUCCCUGUUGUAACUCUACAGUCGAAAUACAGAAGCAAUGAGGAACGAUCACGUCACCUACUUUAUUGCAUCCUAAAGUGUUAUUUAAGCUAGUGAUCGGUCCUUCAAUGGCUCUGCAGAUACAAAUUAUAGUGACACAGACACAAAUUAUGUUAACGCAGCUAACGACCAGCGGCAACUGGCUAACAAAACUGGGAGUGAGGGGACAUUAUAGUGAUUUACUUGUACAGGAAUGUCUUGCACUCCACGCUAAAUAACACAUUCGGACUUUUGAAUUAUGUCGUUACAAGAGUCCCAUCGUUCAUAAAACCCACUUACACGACAGAAUAUACACAUAAUAAGCUAUUUAAGUCUUUCAAUGUGUCAUAUCCUAUGUGGCUAUUUUAGGUAACCAUUCAGGAUAUACAAAUCCGCCACUUUCUCCAGUGCAGAGUGAAACAGGCUACAGAUAUCGUGUGAUCAGUCCCAACUAGUUCUGAUUUACACAAUUUUGAUGUUAUAAAAACUAUUACGUGAUUAAUGACUGUAAAUAUUUUUGCAAAUAACACUAAUUCCGCACAAUUCGUGAGCCAUUUGUUAGCUAUCAAUCAAGU